AAUCAAAGUAGUGCGGCGGAAGGACUUGAUGUAGCGCGGCCCGAACUCUUCUCAAUUUCCGCUCCCACGACACACGACAUCCACAGGCGUUCAUUCAAGAGAUUUGGCGACUCUAAGCGCUACACUACACAACAGAAAUUGCUGCUACUAUAAACGUCAUUUCAGUGAAGUAUAUAUCUCGGUGUGUGCUCUGCUUUUCUAUUUGACCUGUCAUCUCCAUCCACAACGUCUUAAGGAUGUAUUCUCUGGUUUUGACAACAACUUUGAUUAUGGUUCUGACCAUUGCUGACGGCAAAGACGUGUUUAUAACGAGGUCCAACUCGCCGAUAUGCCCCCCUCUAGCAGUGUGCGGGAACGUGUUCGAAUUUGACCGAAUGAUGGAUGAUGGGAGCGUUGAACCAGAGAGGCGACACAUCACCAAUUGUUUCUGCAACAACUCGCGGGUUUGCCCUUUUAACAGAGAGAAUAUGAUCUACCAGAGCCGAACCCAACAGGAGGUCCUCUGUGAGCCAGUCCGUGACUUACCCCGCUGUAGACCCGGCAUGGUGGCCAGACGUAUGUAUGUGGACUCCAUGGAUUUCAACGACAAGUCCUACUACGCCAUUAGAUGUAUUUGCCCUUUGAACUUGGUUCCGAGUUCACGACCCCGGGUCAAGGCCACGGUGUACCGUAACCUCCAGUUUGAGGGCUUUGACAGGAUCCAUAAUUACAAGUGUAACGAAGAGGAUGUAGAGGAAUACAAGAAAUGAGGAGUGGACGAAUGCGAAGAAAGAUGGCUUUGACGUGAUCUUCAGGAGUAGGAGGCGAAAAGAGUGUGAUCAUUCUUCUAAUAUUUUGUCAUUCAAAACUUUGUUAGCCACAGAGUUUCAUUUUUCACCAUACAUAGCUUAAUAAUUUGCUUUACUUCAUCGCGUAGUAAAAUGUGUUUGUUAUAGGAACAUCUAUUUUUGUGAUGCGUUAUUAUCUUUUGACGCAAUGCAUCUUUUUAAGUGGGUAAAAACCUACAGCUUACGAAGACAGUGAUAUUAAAUCUGUUAUGCAUUAAUAUCUUUUUGUGAAAUAAAAUGGCAAUCAUCAAUAAAAGUCGUUCUUUCUGGCAA